CGCGCCCCCGGCACAGCAGGCAUUGGACUGUGGGAAUGGUGGAGCGGAGUCGGGCGGAGGGGAUCUGAUCGGGGGGAUGGCGGCCGCUCGGGUGGAGUAUAUCACCCCAUGGUGGGUUUAUUGGCUGCACAACGUUCCGCACCUGGACCUGACCCUGCACCCGCGGAGCGCCGACUUCCAGCCCGAGGAGCCCGGCUACAGGCAGACGCUGUUGUUCUGGGCUCUGGUCAUCGCCGCCUGCGCCUUCCUCAACCUCCUCUUCAUCAGCAUCUAUCUCCUCUGCUUCUGCUGCUGCAAGAAAGAUGAAACGGUGGAAACCAAGAGGCCGCAAGCGUGCUGCAUCACCUGGACCGCCACCGUGUCGGGUCUGCUGUGCUGUGCCGCGGUGGGUGUCGGUUUUUAUGGGAACAGCGAGACCAAUGAUGGUAUCUACCAGCUGACCUACUCCCUGGAUGAUGCCAAUCACACCUUGGCUGGGGUGGACAAUCUGGUAUUUGGCACCACCCACAAGAUGAAGGAGAGCCUGGAUCAGCACCUGCUGCGGCUAAACGAGAUAUUCGCCGCCCACGGCGACUACGUCCAGACCCUGCGCUUCAUGCAGAUCAUGGCCAAUAGUGUUGUCACACAGCUGAGCAGCCUUCCCAACUUCGAAGCGACCAGCGGGCAGCUUUCCGCCGUGGCAAGACAGGUCGGCUUCGUCGAGUACUACAGGUGGCUCUCUUACCUCCUCCUCUUCAUCUUUGACCUGGUGAUCUGCCUUGCCACGUGUUUGGGACUGGCGAAGCGAUCCCGAUGUCUGCUUGUCACGAUGCUGCUCUUCGGGUUGAUAACGAUGCUGCUGAGCUGGACUUCUCUGGCACUUGACACAUCUUCCGCUGUGGGUACCAGUGAUUUCUGUGUGGCUCCUGACAAAUUCAUCAUGAAUAUGACCCAGGAUCAGAUCAGCACAGAAGUGGUUCAUUACUACCUGUACUGCAGCCAGAGCCUGAAGAACCCCUUCCAGCAGACUUUAAACGUCUUCCAGAAAUCUCUCAACACGAUGCAAAUCCAGGUUCAGGGGCUACUUCAGUUUGCUGUCCCGAUGUUUCCCACAGCUCAGAAAGAUCUUCUUGGCAUACAGACCCUACUCAACACCUCGGAGUCCAACCUGCACCAACUCACAGCACUGCUGGACUGCAGAGGACUCCACAAGGAUUAUUUGGAAGCCCUGAUCGGGAUCUGCUACGAUGGUGUUGAGGGUCUCCUUUACCUGGGUCUCUUCUCUCUGCUGGCAACCGUCGCGUUUACCGCUAUGGCAUGUGCUGUGCCGAGUGCCUGGAAACUGAUGCUAGCGAGGGAAAGGGAUUACAAUGACAUUGACGAGGAGGAUCCGUUCAACCCACAAGCGAGGCGUAUAGCUGUGCACAACCCCAACCGCGCUCAGCUGAGGAGCUUUUGCAGCUAUAGCAGCAGCCUGGGGAGCCAAGCCAGCCUCCAUCCGCCCACCCAGGCCGUCUCCAACGCCCCCGUCGCCGAGUAUAUGAAUCAGGCGGCUUUGUUCGGAGGUAACAACCCUCGAUAUGAAAAUGUGCCUCUGAUUGGGAGAGGAUCGCCCCCACCCACGUACUCCCCCAGCAUGAGGGCCACGUAUCUCUCAGUGAACGAAGAACCAACCCCUAUUUAUGGGAACGCUUAAUACCCGUUGUCGUCCUGCCCUCCCACGAAAAGCGACAGCCCCAACCGGUGGGAAAUCCUUUAAAUCCGGGUGUCGUAGAACCGGGGCAAAGAGCUCUCCUGAAACCUGGAACCUUCGUCAAAAGUAGGCGUCAAACGGGAGUCUGCAUUAUGUUCAAGUUCAAGAUGCCAAUGAAUAAGACACAAUGCAACCCGGAUAUUGCUCUUUUAUGACACCGCAAGGUUUUAUAAGAUCUACAAAGCUGUUUACACACCAAUAUUGACCAAAAAUAGUUUACAGCUUUCAACGUUGUCUGCAAGUGUCGGCGAGUGCGGUCUUGCCUCUUAUUGCCACCUUCUGGUCAGUUAGUGGUAACAAUUUUUUUAUUUAAAUCGCUGACCCUAAAAUAUUUACUUCUUAGAGAGUUUCUAGAUAAUUGUUAAAUCUUUUUUGAACUUUUAGGUUCUUAUUUAGGGCCCUUGUCGAUGGGCUUUGGGCUUGUGUGGAUGGCAUGGAUUUAAUUUUAGAUUUCAUUGAAUUUGACCUGAAGUUGACCUCCUUCGUGACCGGAAGUUGACCUCCUUCGUGACCGGAAGUUGACCUCCUUCGUGACCGGAAGUUGACCUCCUUCGUGACCGGAAGUUGACCUCCUUCGUGACCGGAAGUUGACCUCCCUCGUGACCGGCAGUUGACCUCCCUCGUGACCGGCAGUUGACCUCCCUCGUGACCGGCAGUUGACCUCCCUCGUGACCGGCAGUUGACCUCCCUCGUGACCGGCAGUUGACCUCCCUCGUGACCGGCAGUUGACCUCCCUCGUGACCGGCAGUUGACCUCCCUCGUGACCGGCAGUUGACCUCCCUCGUGACCGGCAGUUGACCUCCCUCGUGACCGGCAGUUGACCUCCCUCGUGACCGGCAGUUGACCUGACCUCCAGUUGACCUGACCUCCCUCGUGACCGGCAGUUGACCUGACCUCCCUCGUGACCGGCAGUUGACCUGACCUCCCUCGUGACCGGCAGUUGACCUGACCUCCCUCGUGACCGGCAGUUGACCUGACCUCCCUCGUCACCGGCAGUUGACCUGACCUCCCUCGUCACCGGCAGUUGACCUGACCUCCCUCGUCACCGGCAGUUGACCUGACCUCCCUCGUCACCGGCAGUUGACCUGACCUCCCUCGUCACCGGCAGUUGACCUGACCUCCCUCGUCACCGGCAGUUGACUUGACCUCCCUCGUCACCGGCAGUUGACUUGACCUCCCUCGUCACCGGCAGUUGACUUGACCUCCCUCGUCACCGGCAGUUGACUUGACCUCCCUCGUCACCGGCAGUUGACUUGACCUCCCUCGUCACCGGCAGUUGACUUGACCUCCCUCGUCACCGGCAGUUGACUUGACCUCCCUCGUCACCGGCAGUUGACUUGACCUCCCUCGUCACCGGCAGUUGACUUGACCUCCCUCGUCACCGGCAGUUGACUUGACCUCCCUCGUCACCGGCAGUUGACUUGACCUCCCUCGUCACCGGCAGUUGACUUGACCUCCCUCGUCACCGGCAGUUGACUUGACCUCCCUCGUCACCGGCAGUUGACUUGACCUCCCUCGUCACCGGCAGUUGACUUGACCUCCCUCGUCACCGGCAGUUGACUUGACCUCCCUCGUCACCGGCAGUUGACUUGACCUCCCUCGUCACCGGCAGUUGACUUGACCUCCCUCGUCACCGGCAGUUGACUUGACCUCCCUCGUCACCGGCAGUUGACUUGACCUCCCUCGUCACCGGCAGUUGACUUGACCUCCCUCGUCACCGGCAGUUGACUUGACCUCCCUCGUCACCGGCAGUUGACUUGACCUCCCUCGUCACCGGCAGUUGACUUUCAUUCUUUGCAUUCUCAUGGACUCCGUAUGGGGAUGCAAAACUCACCUGAUACAAUCAAAAGCCUGCUGACACAAGCCCUUAAUAAGAUGAAGAGCAAUGUUUAGUCAUCCCUAACAACCAAUGAGAAAGCAGCUUUCAUUGUCCUAAAUGCUCUGAACUGUUGAAAGCUAAAAAAUCUGGUUGGUGGGCAUGACUGGGCCACUUGUUAAAUAUUUUAAUAUGUGAUAUAGACUUCUGGCUUUUAGAAUUUGCUCCAGUUGAAAUGAAUAACAAUUGUAUUAAGUCAAGAGAAGCGUGAACAAGGUCUUCUGUCUUGAUGUAAAGAGACGGUCAGCGGCAGAAGCCCAGUUUGGCAGAUCGCAGCGUCGCUCGUUGAACUUGGACCCGUCAUCAAAGACCCUCCUGCUGAGCUGACCGAAGACUUCUAUACAUGCUUCCCUCUAAUAAAGGAAGGAACCCCCGACACUGGUGCUUCUCCAUGUAUGAUACUUUUUAUUUGCUGUAUUUUGUUACUUUGUCUUUCAGGAAAAGGAUUAAAGUGGAUCUUCAGCCGUUA